AAAACGUAUUUUUAUUGGACAGUAUUAACAUUUUCAUAUAGCCUAUCAUAUUGAAUUCAGCAAAGUAGACCUUAGUAUAUUUCAACAAGAUCCUUUUAUAUUUGACUUCCAUAGGACGGGUGCUAUACGUUUAUCCAGUUGUGACACAUUAACACCCGUCUUAAACACUUUUAGGUUUGUUCUGCUCAAUCAUACAUUGCAUAUCUAUGAUCCAGAAAGUAUGACAGAUAUUGUUCAACAGGUAGUUAAAGCCCAUACUCUUUUAGCAGAAACAAGGCAUGCCAUAGCAGCCAUCCACAAGACUCCAAACGUACUCCAUUCAAUAGAUCCCAACCAAAAACCAUUCAGAAUGGCCUCUGUCCCAUGGACUGAGUUCCCUGUACUUUUCAUACGAUUGGUAUGGCAUCAUAUUCAACCUAGUGAGUUUAUGUUACUCGCUAUCAGCCUAGCCAUUUGCUCGGGCAUCCACUGUUUUUAUUCCGUUUAUCGAAUCCAAGAUAAUCAAAUUUGCCUGUCAAAUAAACCUAUUCGACCAACACCGCACAAUAAAAACAAACUAACUUUACCAGCAGAAAAGAAGGAAAACAAGAUAGCCCAUAACCCGAUUUCCACAGCACAACGCAGUGAAAAUGACAUCGACAGUUCAGUCCGUCGUGUUUGGGUAGACAUGUGGGGAAAACUAGGUGAUAAACCCUCUUAUGAAUUUCCUCAGUCAAUCUUUGGACCUUCUUUUAGACCAUUACACAUGUCUAAAAAAAGACUGAGCAAGAUGCCAAAGCAAAAGUUUGAGAGAAUCAAGUGGUAUCUAGACUGUCUGCCAGAACCCCUGACUCCAAAGGAUUAUGCAGCAGCACAAACAAAAAGAAAUGAAGCUUUGUUAAAAGACAAAGGUGUUCAAACAAGUCCUAUUUAUUACAAGUAUUUUUAUGCAAAUGCAUCUUCAUAAGAAGCCUAAUUUUUUUGUGUGUGUGUUUUCAUCUAGACUUUGAGAAUCAUAGUAGCAUAACUGAUAAAUCAUGAAAGUCUUGUUCUUCUUUGUAGAAAUAAAGUUUAUUUUCUUUUCUUUCAUUCAAAA